CGGGACAAACUGGUGGUUUGUUAGCUAGUUCCUUAAAAUUUCGGACAGUUCGCAGACGAGGAGGUUUCAAAAUGUCAACCGCUAGGAUUUGCGGACAUCCUCGAAACAUGAAGUACCCCAAUGAACAAAUGACAGAAGAAAUGCAAGAACCCCAAAGCCCCCUCCCCCCACUUAUUCUAGCAGAAAGCAUCAGCACUCCCACCACCCACCAUGCAAGUAACAGCAAAGCCCCAAGGAGAGACUAUAGUCUACAGUCCACCAAAAACUAACGUUUAUCGCAAGUUUGACAUCCAUUGGGCUCUCACUAACAAGGGAAAUGGACUUGAACUAGACUGGCUGUUGUUCUAGAUUAUGACCUCAACCAAGAGCAAUCGCUACCACCGUUUCUCUGGAGGUGUGACAAAUAUACCCACUGCUGACAGUACAAGUAUUACAAGAAUGGAAACAACGUUUGGUCCAGCAUAUUCCACUGUCACCACCAUCACUAAAGCUGAUGGAACAAAUACUUUCAAGCAACAUCGGAGGACUCCAUCUUCCUCGAGCACACUGGCAUAUUCACCCCGGGAUGAGGAUGACGCAAUGCCUCCAAUCAGUACUCCGCGCCGGUCAGAUUCCGCCAUCUCUGUACGGUCUCUGCACUCAGAAUCAAGCAUGUCUCUCCGAUCUACGUUUUCUCUUCAUGAAGAGGAAGAUGAGCAGGAACUUCUGGUUUUUGCAGAACAGCCUUCGGUAAAAUUAUGUUGCCAACUUUGCUGCAGUGUGUUCAAAGAUCCUGUCAUCACGACAUGUGGACAUACAUUUUGCAGAAGAUGCGCCUUAACAUCUGAAAAGUGCCCUGUUGACAAUGCAAAGCUGACAGUUGUAGUUAAUAACAUAGCUGUAGCUGAGCAGAUUGGAGAGUUGUUUGUGCACUGUAAGUAUGGCUGCAGGCCAGCUUCAAAUGGAAAGCCAGGGGCCUUCGAGGUUGACCCACGAGGAUGUCCAUUUACCGUCAAGUUGAGUGCUCGAAAAGAUCACGAGAGCAGCUGUGACUACAGGCCAGUUCAUUGUCCGAACAAUCCCAACUGCCCACCACUGUUGAAAAUGAAUCUUGAUUCCCAUCUUAAACAAUGUGAACACAUCAAAUGUCCCCACUCAAAAUAUGGGUGUGUGUUUGUGGGGAACCAGGACACAUACGAAGCCCACCUGGAGGUGUGCAAGUUUGAGGGUCUGAAGGAGUUCCUGCAGCAGACGGAUGAUCGCUUUCAUGAGAUGCAAGUUGGACUGGCUCAAAAGGAUCAGGAGAUUGCCUUUCUUAGGUCAAUGCUGGGGAAACUCUCUGAAAAACUUGACCAGCUGGAGAAGUCUCUGGAGCUGAGAUUUGAUGUUUUGGAUGAAAACCAAAGUAAACUCAGCGAGGACUUAAUGGAGUUCCGCAGGGAUGCCUCAAUGCUAAGUGAUGAGCUUUCACAUAUCAAUGCCAGAUUAAACAUGGGAAUCCUAGGUUCUUAUGACCCCCAGCAGAUAUUUAAGUGCAAGGGUACCUUUGUGGGUCACCAAGGACCAGUUUGGUGUUUGUGUGUUCACUCCACUGGCGACCUGCUCUUCAGUGGCUCUUCUGAUAAAACCAUCAAGGUAUGGGAUACAUGUACCACAUACAAGUGCCAGAAGACUCUAGAGGGACAUGAUGGUAUUGUCUUAGCCCUUUGCAUUCAAGGGAACAAGUUGUACAGCGGCUCUGCAGACUGCACAAUAAUUGUGUGGGAUGUUCCAGCUUUACAAAAAGUCAAUACAAUUAGGGCACACGACAAUCCAGUGUGUACGCUGGUGUCGUCACAAAACAUGCUCUUCAGUGGCUCACUUAAAGCAAUUAAGGUUUGGGACAUUGUAGGCACAGAUCUAAAUCUGAAGAAGGAACUCACUGGUUUGAAUCACUGGGUGCGUGCAUUGGUUGCUUCUCAAAACCACCUUUAUAGUGGAUCCUACCAAACCAUCAAGAUCUGGGACAUAAGAACUCUGGAAUGUGUGCACGUAUUACAGACGUCUGGAGGGAGUGUUUAUUCUAUUGCAGUUACUAAUCACCACAUUGUGUGUGGGACGUAUGAAAACCUCAUCCAUGUAUGGGACAUAGAAUCUAAAGAACAGGUUCGAACUCUGACUGGCCACGUUGGGACUGUAUAUGCCUUGGCUGUGAUUUCAACACCAGAUCAGACUAAAGUCUUCAGUGCAUCUUAUGACCGAUCGCUCAGAGUUUGGAGCAUGGAUAACAUGAUCUGUACACAGACCUUGCUCCGUCACCAGGGCAGUGUCACCGCACUAGCCGUCUCCAGAGGGCGCCUCUUCUCGGGGGCAGUGGACAGCACAGUUAAAGUGUGGACCUGUUAGGACCCAAGACUUUCUGAGUGGCCUGCAACAUUCUGUGUGGCUUCACUUUCUGAUGUGGAUGUUGCUGGAACGAAGGCAGUGCCACCACUGGCUGGCGGCCACAAUGCAAUCUGUUCUAAGAUUGCUGCCCGAUAUGUUUUCAUCGUCUUACCAGCAUGUCGUGCUUUGUACAGAAAGGUGCUGCGUCCAGACUUACCAUGGGGAAUGUGACACGCUUGUAUUGCCAGCUCUCUAGGAUUAACAACGCCCUUAAGGAAUUGAUUGAAGGUGGCAUAGAAGCGUACAAAAUGGUCAAGGAUGUGCACUGUUUUCAGGCCUUCAUAAUUAUCACAGGGUUGAGAUUUUUGAGUGUAACUGCAUCGGUGCUUAUAGGUGAGAAGCCUACAAUCACCAUAUUUCACGCCUGGUGGUUCAGGACCACUCUGCACGUUUGUAAAUGAAAGCUGCUGGGAAGUGUUCUGCACUCCACUUCCAAGUGCGAUCAGUGACAGCGACAUUGAAGGCAACUGCACUCUGCAUUAGCCUUACCGUCCCUGCAUGUUAUGCCGUGCUGUCUGAAGUACAUCCCCACAGGAAUGCUACUUCAUAAGCCGCAGGCAAGUGGGACCUUCAACCCACGUAUUAGCCAACCUUGAUUUGAUCCGUGUUUACUUUCACAAGAACGAUUUGUAUUAUAGCAAGGCAGGAAGAUCAUUGAAGCUGUGAUCCCUUUCCCUUCUUAAGACAAAUUGCCACUAAACAGCUGUAACGAGGUACGAUUUUUCCAUCACUGCUUCCUCACUUGGCAAAUCCAGUAUUCCAAAACUCAUCCCUUUUGCCAAUGUUUUAGCAGCUGGGACAUAAUAGCGACAAUUUCACAUUGAAAGGAAUAUCUACUUGCUGCUACACGCUCACUUCUGUUUUAUAGUGAUUUUAUAAAGGAUCUUUACAUGAUUGCUGUAAGAAUGAAAUUAGCAAGGCUUUAAAGUCAGGCUGCCUGCAGCAAGCUUCACAAACAAUCAGUGUUGUGCAAUUAUUAAUUUUGACAACUCCAUAUGUGGAUUUCAAUAGGAUAAUUAGAUGUGAAUAGGAAACUGGAACUGUCUGAAGCUCCCAUUCUGCUUCUUUGCAAAACUGAAAAUCUACAAGGUUAUCCCUCCCCUCUCCUUAUUCUGGCUGCUUCUUCCUUUCCAAUCGUGUUGAAAGGUCUUGGCCUGAAACAUCGACUGUUCAUUCCUCUCCGUAGAUGCUGCCCGGCCUGCUGAGUUCCCUCGGCAUUUUGUUAGGUUUUACUCCCACUUGGCCUCCUUACAAACUCUGUACUGACCGAUAGAGUACAGAGCCACAGAACCUGGGAAAGGUUGGGUCAGCCAGGGUAACAGAAAUUGCUGUUGUAUUUGUCCUCUUCAUCCCCCCCUCCCCUUGCCACCCUAUAAAGCUAGAAGAGCUGAAAUUCAUCCAAGGUUCCCACUAUAGAUUCGUACCUAAUGACCUUCAGUAUAAAUCUGUGUGGGUGGAUUUUAGGCUAAAUGCACUUGUUCAAGAGAUUGGAUGUCUGGAAGCAAAGAUCACUAGUAUUUCAAUAACGUCACUAACUUGAGAGAGGAUACAACCAAAACUGUAGAAAUGGUUCAGUUCCCCCUCCCCCUCCAUUGAGAGAGGAUAUGACCAGAAUUGUGGGAAAGGUUUCAUUUUAUCCCCCACGGACACAGGCCAUUGGAAAUUACCAAAAAAAAAUCGUUAUGCAAUGUCCACAAGGCAGUGGCUUUAUUCCACUCAGGAGAGCCCUGGAACUGAAGUACAAUGUGACUUCAGUCUUCCUGAACAAACUUUGCCUUUUCGAGUAUUCGAAACCUUGGCUGUUUACUGUUGGAAAGCAUGCGUGUGGGUUUCCUCCGGGUGCUCCAGUUUCCUCCCACAGUCCAAAGAUGUACCAGUUAGCCAGUUAAUUGGUCAUUGUAAAUAUCCUGUGAUUAGGCUCGGGUUAAAUAGGUGGGUUGCUGGGCGGUGUGUCUUGGUGGGCCAAAAGGGUCUGUUGCACGCUGUAUCUGUAAAUAAUAUAAACAAAUACAGUUUACUAAUAGUAAAUCCGUACAGACCUGGUGAUCCUUAAAUACAAUAUGACACCAUCUGUUUAAAUGUUCAUUUUUCUGAAAUGGUACAAGGGGCAUGAUUUUAUUAUUUACCUUUUAUAUUAUUUAGCGAUACAGUGUGAAUCAGGUCCUUCUGGCCCAACGAGCUGCACUGCCUAUUUAACCCUAGCUUAAUCACAGGACAAUCUACAAUCACCAAUUGAACUACUAUCUGGUACACCUUCACACUGCGGGAGGAAACCGGAGCACCCGGAGGAAACCCACGCGGUUCAUGGGAAGGAAAGUACAAACUCCUUACAGAGGAUGCCAGAAUCGAAGCCUGAACUCCAAUACCCGAGUUGUAAUAGUGCCGCGCUAACGAAAACUGUAAACAUACCCAGUCCAGAAAUUAACCAGUUCCAUUUGUCCAGCUGCUGUCUGUUAAUGUGCAAAUCUAUAUUGUUGGCUUCUGGGAGUUCAAAUAAGGCUGAUGUACAUAGAUUUACCCAAGAAAGGAUCCACUUGCUACAAAUGUAGUAUAUAUUUGACUAUAUCUAAUAUCUCAAUAGGAAUCAAUUAUACAAGUAUACUGUAGGUAUCAUGUGAUUUGAGAUUGUGAAUGAAAAUCGAUAUUCAAUAACAAAAUGAUGGCUCUGGUAUUGAAUGAGUGUUAACUGUAUACAUGAGAAUUACAGGUAGAUAUUUGUAGUUUACAACACAAGCAUGCACUCAGCAGCCACGUUAUUAGGUCCAGGUGGGAAAACGGUAUGGUCUUCGCUGCUGUAGCCCAUCCACUUCAAGGUUGGACAUGUUGUGCGUUCAGAGAUGCUUUUGUACACACCAUUGUUGUAACACAUGGUUUUAUGUGUUACUGUCACCUUGAACCAGUAUGGACCUCUCUCAUUAACAACACCUUUUUGCCCACAGAACUGCCACUCACUAGAUAUUUUUUUAUCUUUCACACCAUUCUCUGUAAACUCUAGAGAGUGUUGUACAUGAAAAUCCCAGGAAAUCAGCAGUGUCUGAGAUACUCAGACCACCCCAUCUGGCACACACUAUCAUUCCACGUUCAAAGUCGCUUAGAUCACAUUCCUUAUUCUGAUGUUUGGUCUGAACAACUAAACUUCUUGACCAUGUCUUUUUUGUAUUGAAUUUAAAUUUAUUAUCGAACUAUGUCUACCAUAUACAACCUUGAAAUUCAUCUUCUUGCAGGCAGCCAUAAAACAAAGAAACACAAUAGAACCCACACACAAAUCAUGCAAGUGAUUUUAAAAAUGUAAACAAAUAGUAAAUGGAACAUGUAUUGGAGAGCACAGGCACAGUGCUGAGGCGAGUGCUGAUGGCUGCAGGCCACAGCUGCAUAGUUUGGUCACAUGAUUGGCUGAUUAGAUAUCAAUGAGAAGGAGUACCUAAUAAAGUGGCCACUGAGUGUGUGCUUCACACAGUGAUUGAAAAAUAUCCACAGUGAGAGUAUUUGGUUGAAAUUAGCCUAUUUAAAACAUUUUUUUCUAAUGAGAUAAGUGCCUAAUUUUUAGAGUCCAUCUGUACCUGCAUUUAGCUCGUAAACACCAGUCACUACAUUAGUCGUUCUGAAUCUUCCUGUUGGGUGAACAGGGACACAGUGAGAAGUUCUCCUACGGACUGUUUCGAAAAUGCGCUCUAUUUGAGAGGAGUGGUCAGUUGAUUUUCCCCAUUUAAUUGUGUUGAAUGUACAGGGUAACUACCAGUCCCAACCAUAUUUUGUGGUUGCACCAGUGUUCUGCAAGGACCUUGCAACUUUGUUGGUGCUGCACUUACUGAAGAAGGGCUGGUUUCAUGUAGCUUCUCAAAUUCUGCAUUGCAUGCAUAUACACAUGUUUAGCAUGGAUGUAUUUUAUAUUAAAACAGAGAACGUCUGUUUUAAAAGCCUAUUUUUAAAAUCUUCAAUGUUUUAAAGAACGAUCAGUUGGAAAAACUGCAAUGAAAAGCAAGCGGAAAAGGGGCCAUGCAUUUUGCAUGCCUCACCUUGUUUUGUAGAACUAUCCAGAAAUGCCUUAUUUGGUUUAUUUUCAAGAGUUCAGUACUUGAAAGCCAGCAGACUCUUGCCUCUAAGAAAAGUGGUUUGAUCUGCUGUUUCAUUUGGGACAGAGACAAUUGAACCUUCACUGUAAAUUGUUGCCAACCACAUACCUGAUCAAGACAUGGGCUUCAAUUUGCUGUUCCUAUCCACUCUGAUUCACUCUUCCACAGUCACCAUUUUGUCACAGAGCAGCUCUGCCCAAGCAAAACAGUGUGGCUGAUCUGCGAUGCAUUAAUCAAGGUGCCAAUAUAAUCUCUGUACAGGACACCCUGUCUGCUGGGACAACUGCUCAGCCCCUUCUGUUCAUCUGUUUAUCUGCCUCCUCAAGCAUGGUCUGGUACCCAACUAACCUAAAGAAGUAACCAAAGCUCCUUUCGGCCAUUUUGCACCUAUAUUGUGUUGAAAAGAUUGUGAAACUGAUGUGUUAUGUGACUGUAGAUUUUUAUUAUUUUGUUAAAAGUAUUUACAAUAAUAAAUCAUCCUCUCUAC